ACCUUUUCUAUAGCUAUAUCCUCCCCCCUUUUCGAUAAACCAAUGUCCGGCGUUUGGGUUUUCAAGAACGGCGUUGUUCGUCUCGUCGAAAACCCUGGGGUUGACUCAUUUGAUGGAAGCCGUCAGGGUUCCAAUACUCGUCGCAAAUUGCUUAUCCACACUCCAUCUAACGAAGCAAUCACUUCUUACGCGGUUCUCGAGCAUAAGCUAUCAAUUCUGGGGUGGGAAAGAUACUACGAUGACCCAGACCUUCUUCAAUUCCACAAACGAUCCACUGUUCAUCUGAUCUCGCUUCCGAAAGAUUUCAGCAAGUUCAAAUCCAUGCACAUGUUUGACAUCGUCGUCAAGAACCGUAACAUGUUUGAAGUUAGGGAUGUUUAGUUCCAAUAUUCAGUCUUUCGUCAUCUUUUCUUCUUCUUUCCUUUGUGUAAUUAGGGUUAAAAACAAAACUAAUUGCUAAGUAUUUAAAUUUUUGGUCGCAGAUACAUUUUCAAUGGUUAUACUGUAUAUCUGGAUCAAUUGUAGUAAAGAGUUGGUAUUUAAUAUACUACGUAAUUAUCUUAAA